AUGGCUUUCCAUCCCGACACUCUCCCCGAUCUCAAGGGCAAAGUAUUCAUAGUCACAGGUGGGAACUCUGGCAUAGGAUACUACACUGUGGCCCACCUAGCAAAACACGGCGCCCAUGUUUAUCUGUGUGCCCGAUCUGUAGAGAAGGGCACCGCAGCCAUUAUUGAGAUCAGGAAGAAAGAUCCCUCAGCCAACAUUGACCUCCUACAAAUGAACCUUAUGGACCUCGCCAGCGUUGCCGCAGCAGCUAAGCAUUUCCUGAGCCUUGAAACAGCGCUGCACGGCCUGGUCAACAACGCAGGGAUCAUGGCGACGCCCUUUGAAAUAACUAAAGAUGGCCAUGAGGCCCAGUGGCAGACCAACUACCUCGCGCACUGGGUUCUCACGAAACACCUCCUUCCUCUGAUGCUACGGACAGCUAAGACGCUCUCUCCCGGCGGCGUACGCAUCGUCAACCUCACUUCAUCGGGCCACUUGGGGGCGCCCAAGGGCGGCAUCAAUUUUAAUGACUUAUCGCUCAAGGAUAGCAGCCCGUGGUCGCGGUAUGGACAGAGUAAGCUAGCAAACAUCCUCCACACCAAGACCCUGCACAGGAUGUACGGGCCUGGCUCUGCCUGUGCACGGAACGGGGAGGGCGAAAUCUGGGUUUCAUCUGUGCAUCCCGGGCUGGUUGAUACGAACCUCGCCGCAUCAGUACUCGAGUCGGGGUCAGGCAUGAGCAGUGUCCUCUCGGUUCUACGCUUUUUGGGAUUGAAAUGGCCUGCAGAUAAGGGGUCGUGGACGAGUGUCUUCUGUGCGGCGAGUCCGGAUAUGAAGGCAGAGCAGAGCGGGGCAUAUUUAGAAAUCUUCCGGCGGUUUGGAGAACCGAGGUGGCAGAGUAGUGCAUCCCAGGAUGGCAAACUAGCAGAAAGGCUGGAGGAGUGGACUGAGGAGGUGAUGAGGAGAGAGGGGUGGGUUCAGUAG